CGCUCAGUUUUCCUGAGAGUGAUAUAUAUUUCUUCUUUAAAUAUGACGAGCCCAACCCUGGCUAUCCUGCCAUUGUUUUGGGCAUUAUGGACCUUCGUGGGUGUCCUGACCACCUUCACCAUGACCAUCAUACAAGGUCAUUACCGAACAGGGAUCAUCAGCAUCAGUGACACUGGAGCACAAUAUCCAGAAUCCAUUGUGCUGACUAUAGUUUCCACCGUGUCUUCUCUGCUAGAGGCCGGGAUUUUGUUUAUCAUCUACAAAUCUAUGGAGAUCCAGGCCCUGAAGAGAAGCCUUUGUGGAGUCACCUGCCAAACGUGGAUGUUGACAUUCGGGUGGAUGACGUGUGUCGGGAACAUCAUAACCCCAUUGAUACAGGAUUCAGCAAUGCUUAAUGAUAGCUGCCUGGCGGUUUUAACAAGUAUGGUCAUCUACGGUGGCAUAUCGGUGGCAUCUCAGCUGUACCCAGGCUCCAGGGACCGGAGAUGUAGGCGCCUUACCACCACGGUGCUGUCGGUGACCAUCUUGCUGGCUAACAUUAGCCGGUUAUCCUGUAAAAUGACAGCAGUAUAUACCUGCACAAGCGAGUACUGCACACAGUCUUCCAGAAUUACGCUGACCAUCUUGGAGUGGGUCGUAUUGGUCUGCUCCUGUGUAAGCCAAAUGAUGCUGUAUUGGGACUUCCAGGUUCUUACUAUGACAUCCAAGAACAACAUGAUAAAAGCUGAGAGCGUCCUGACAGUUGAUCCAUUGACAGUGCCUCUACUAGAUGGAGCACUUGAGGAUCAACAAGAUGACGUGACGCCAGAUGAAGCAUCAUCAUGUGACCAUGUUAUAGUAGACCUAUUUUCAGCAGAGGAUACAGUAACAUCAGACUAGGAGCCAUAGGUCCCAUCUCCG